AUGUCGGCCGCACGCGCAGCCUUCUCGCUGGCUCGCCGUGUCCCCCUGGGUUCCGCCCGCAUCGCUCCACGAUCGUUCGCAACUGUCGCAGCUCGUCGCGGGAAAUGGGAUCCAAAGCCAGGCGAUCCGGAGGGCAAGCUGCUGGCCUUCGAAGAGAUCAAGACUGAGAAGGAUCUUCUCCCUCCCGGAGCUGCAGCCGGUACCGUCCCCACCGAUCUCGAACAAGCUACCGGUUUGGAACGUCUUGAAAUUCUCGGAAAGAUGCAAGGCAUCGAUAUCUUCGACAUGUCACCACUUCCAGCCGAUAGAAAGGGCACUUUCGAAGACCCAAUUGUCGUCAAAUCUGCUGGUGACGAACUCCAAGUUGGUUGCACCGGCUCUCCCGCUGAUUCUCACAUUGUGAAGUGGCUCGUGGUAUCCCGAAAGCGACCAUUUGAGCGAUGCCCUGAGUGCGGCAGCACCUACAGAAUGGACUACGUCGGACCCGCAGAUGACCCGCAUGACGAUCACCAUCACCAUGGCUAUGAAGAGCCAAAGACCAUGGCUGACUACGUCAAGCCAGAGUACUGGUACAGAUAA